AUUCUAUUAGUUUAAUUUGGAUCGUGAAGGUGUCUUUAAGUAUUGCGGAAGAUGCUACAGCAUUAUCAUAUCUUAUAUAAUAAUUGUGUUUACUAUCAAGUGCCUACACAAGAUUUACUCCAGAUCGUCAAGACUCAGUGUAAGAUAAAUACUUACUCAGAUUACGAGCCGAGUUCCAGAGAAGCAUUUGUAUACUACAAACUGGACUGUAUCUUCUUCGAACUCCAUCGUCGUCGCUUUAUUAGUUGCCUUAUCCAAUUAUCCGCUUUCCACAAAGUGAAUUCUUGGCUCCAAAACGUUACACCUCAAAUAAGGUGCGACUGCUGUAGACCCGACUAUUACGAGUAUAUGCUCGAUUGCGAAAGAGUAUUAAGACGUCAACUGGUUCUAACAGGGAUGCAUAGAGAAAUCGUUGAAACCAGAGCCCUCUCUGGUGGCAGAUGCUUCUUUAUGAAAACCAGACUCUCCCCAGAAUAUGAAGCGACAGCAACCGAAGUAGAUGAUGUCACUUACAAAGAUGCUGUUGAUGAAAUCUCUAAUAAAACUGAUAGUCUCAAACUGGAUAAGGAGGAUCCAGAAUACGAAACUCCCGAUUUAUACCUUAAAGAUGAUUCUACUUCAAGUGGGGCAUAUGCCCCAGCUAUUCCGCCGAGAGAUGCUGCUGAAAGAAAACCUUUUAAGCGUCACGGAAGAUUCCGUAAUCUUCGGGACUCAAUUAUUUUGGCAACUUAUAGAGGGGUUGCUCUUGGCUUAGGCCCUUUUCCGCAUGCCAAGCAUGCCAUUCUAAGAAGGAUGAGGGAGAGAGAAAACAAACAAAAGGGUAUUGAAACUGAAGCGGAAAAUGCUUAUGAGGUGGUAGACGAUACACCUCCACAUCCAGAGGAUGCCUUGGAGAAAGCGAUCCGGGAGAAACGUUUCUGGACCGUUAACAUCAUGAAGGAGAGAGCUGAGGCUGAGGCAGCUCGAAAAGAAGCUGAAGAGAUGGAGAAGGAGAAGCAGAACGAGGAGGAAGAGGAAGAGGAAGAGGAAGAAUAGUUAGGGAUGUUUUUUUUUUCUUUCUUUUUUGGGUUUUUUUUGGGGAUUAUUUUUUAGUUUUUUUAUGCAAAUGGUUCUUAAGUUUUUUGUCUAAUUUUUUAAAGUCUAAUUCCUCAUGAUUUUUUUUUUAAUUUAUCAUUUUUAAUUAAACAUUUUCAAAUUUUUAGUUCUAGCUCAAGUGGUGCAAAUUACUAAUUAAAGAAACUCAACAUUUUUAGACUCACGGGAUAUCAAAUAAAAAAACUGCUUAAUUAAUAGCACAAGGAUCAAAAUUGCAUAAAAAACGUUUUUUUUUUAUUAUUAUAGUUAAUUUUUUU